GUGACUUUCGGGUUUUGCUCAGGACGCUCCUGCCUACCCGACCCAGAAUGCUCUGCGCGGGCCAAGAUGGAAGAAGCCAGCUGCAGCAGGAGAACAAUGUUUGGGCUGUAGAUAUUAAAACGGAGCGGCUGAAGGUGAACUAAGCGGACCACAGCAGCGGGUCAUGGUCCUGCACCGGAUGAAUUUCUGUCCCGUAGUCUUCCUGCCCACCAGCCUUCAGCAUGAACAUCAUUCAAGAUAAACUAGGGAAUGAAUUCCUGCGCUCCAACGGCAGCAUGGACUCCAACUUUGGCGCCGGCAUGAUAAUGUUCAGCCACCUCCCUCCGGUGGCCAGCUUCACCCGGCUGUCGGCGCACUCCGUCAUGCAGGAGCUUCCGCCGCAGGACCUGAUCCUGAAGAAAGAGCGGGACUCUCCGGACUGCACCAUGGGCGGCCACCAGGGCGGCGCUGCUGCGGUGGGAGACUAUGUUCACGCCAUGGGCAUCAAGCAGGAGAAGCAGUCGGAGCACGAUUACCGCCUGCCGCUCUACCCCGGAGGUCUGGGGCGGAGCGGGGAGGUGCUGGAGGUGACCGUCGGUAACCACCAGAAGCUGCUGGUGUGCGACCUCAACAUUGGCAACCUGUCAAAUCAGUUGGAAAAAGAGGCCACCGGGAGGAAAGGUCGGAGGUCAAACAUUGAUGGACAUGAGGGUAAACCUAGAAAGAAGAGAAGUGAGGCAAAGCAUUCAGUGAUGGAUGCAGACGGUGGCGGUCUGUCUCCAGGAACAAAACCUCACAUCUGUGAACACUGCAGUGCAUCCUUCAGGAGCUCCUAUCACCUGCGCAGACAUGUCCUCAUCCAUACAGGUGAAAGACCUUUCAGAUGCAGUCAGUGCAACAUGAGUUUCAUCCAGAAGUAUCUUCUCCAGCGGCACGAGAAAAUUCACAGUGGAGAGAAGCCAUUUGGCUGCGACCAGUGCAACAUGCGGUUCAUUCAGAARUACCACAUGGAGAGACACAAGAGAACGCACAGCGGAGAAAAGCCAUACAGAUGUGAGACCUGCCAGCAGUAUUUUUCUAGAACAGAUCGACUUCUUAAGCACAAGAGAACCUGUGGAGAAGGCAUUAAAAAGGGAUUGGAUCCUGGCAUGAUGGAUCUGGGUUUUGUGGACAUGGGACAGGGCAGCUAUGGAAUUACUCAGGGAAAUGUUGGGAGCACUGGGAGGAAGAAGGGAAAGUCGAAAAGUUCCACAGUGGGAGGCGAGCGCAAGAAGAAGAAGGGAGACCCGAAGGAGUCGCAUGUUCACGGAGUUGUAUCUGGAGGUUACAGCAUCUACGAAUACUCUGUGGAGAGUCCCACUGUGUCUUCUUCUACUGAGCCAGGACCCAGCAUGCAACAGGGUCACCAGGGUCAAGGUCCCAAGAUGGCCUUCAAGAAAGCUAACCGGAAGAGCCUGACUAAAGCAGGUCUGGGUCAAGUUAAAGCUGAAAUGUUGGAGCAGGGCGACCUUGGCUUGAUGCAGAGCAACGAGACUAAGGUAGAAUCCACCAGCAGCAACUACGACGACGCCAUGCAGUUCGUUAAGAAGCGGCGCUACCUUCAAGCAACAAACAGUGCAAUGCCCUCUGGUGCCGCGGUGGCAGGCGGAGGCAGUAGCGAYUACGACGUCAGCGUUCAUUUGUCCUCCCAGCCGUCCUCUCUUCAGGGCGGGAUUCCAGGCGUAAUGGACAGCGACGGUUCUCUGAAUCUGGAGAAGUCAGGGAUCACCGAUGAGGUGCUGCAUAGCCUCCUGGACCUCUACACCCAAAAACCCGACAUUCAUUUUGACAUCGGCGACCAGCACGUGCAGCUCAGCCCCGCCUCAGCGGACGGAUCUGACGCCAACGCCCCCAGCCCGUCUGGAGACAAAAGCUCAAUGAUGCAUGAAUACUCCCGCUUCUUGCUGCAGGCUUUGGAGCGCACCAGCCACAGUGCCGGUUUCCCACUGGGACCCGGACCUCUUCCUUCCUCAGGACCCUUCACCACUUCCCACGCAGGAAAUCCCCUCUACGCCGACAAGAACAUCUACAGCGCGUCCCAUAUGGAGUGYGGCUUCGUCCAGCCGGUGGCUUCGCCUUCGCUGCCCUCCUCAGUGCCAAAGUCUCACUUUGCRAUGCUGAGCUGCUCAUCCCCUCAGCACAGCUUCAACCUGAGCAGCCUGGAGGCCCCCUCACACCAGCAGCUCACCCCUUCUCAGGAGCUCAGCGAACAGAUGGAGAAACAGCACUCCACCACCCCUCCCUCAUCCUACCAGAUCAGCCCAUCCGACCUGAGUAACCAGAAGGAGCAUCCGGCAGCCAAGAGCGACUCGGCGGCCGUCUACCCUCUGGUUCCCUCGCAGGAUCUGGCCUCUCUGGACUCCUCGAAGCCUUCCUACCAGAUAGAAAACUUCGCCCAGGCCUUUGGCUCCCAGUUUAAAUCUGAUGUUCAUGGUUUGUCUUACAGCACUGACUCUGGUGGGGAGGUGGAUCACAGGAUACGGACGCCUGUGUCGGAUUUCUCAGGGUAUAGUUUGUUAUCUGAUGUCAAUGAGCCAGUAAGUACAGGUUCCAAAACACCAACCAGCCAAAGCUACAGAUGAAACCUGGCAGAACAUUCUUCAAUGGUUGUUCUUAUUUUAAUCUUUUCUGCUCCUAUUUUAUUAAUCUUAUUUUUUGUGACAUGUAUAUUUUAUUUACACUGAUGCUCUGUCGUUAUGCCUACUCCUCUUCAUGCAAUAAGCCUGCAAGGUGUCCUGCAAAUGCAAUUUGUUUGAAAGAAUCCRAUAUGUYGAGUUUGCGAUAUACAGUUGAUUGGUGUCAUAGCGGCGCCGGUAGGUCGGGUCUUUUAUUUAUGACAUUCAGAGAACCUUUCAAGCAUUUCAUUUUUACCAGAAGCAAUGGAUCUCGCAUCCAACGAGGUGAUUCAACUUUAAAAUAAGACAUGAUGGCAGGGAAACGCCCAGAACUGAAGCGGCAAAAAAGGAAAUAUUAAUAAUAAUAAAUCAAGUUGUCAAAGGUGUUACUCAGGAAAACGUGGGAGACCAGAAGCUCACAGAGGACAGGGAGCUCACUUUUCAGAAGUGCAUGUUUGUGAUUUAAAAAAGAAAAAAAGAUGUUUCUUACUUUUUGUGUCUUACAUGUUGAAUGAGUGUGACCUGAAAUGGACUGCUGCCAGCUCACUUGAACACUGAAAACACUUUCUACUUGGCUAUAUAGAGAUUAUGGUACUUUUAUGUCAACGUGAAGCUAGUGUUUUCUUCAACAAGGGCCACACACAUGGAUAUCUAUAUAUAUUUAUAAGAAUAUAUAUAUAUAAUAUGUAAAAUAAGUCUUGUAGGGUUCUGCCAUUGGAAGUAGAGGGAAGAAUAAGUGCUGGUUAUUGGACUAAAUGGUCCUCGUUCUAUUUUUGGGGAUGUCUUCUUCAGCCAAUAGGUGUCGCUGUUGGACAGCAGUAGAAUGGCCUUUUUUCCCCCCUUUACUGUUCAUGACAUCUUCCUCUUAUUUAUCUAAAAGUGUGCGAUCAGCACUUUGAGCUGCUUUCUCAYAUUGUUUUAAAGUACCUGAUCGAAUCAAGAACUAACACGAGGAAUUACCCAAGUCUUUGACAGUUGCUGUUGGGGCGUACGCAUGCAGGGGGGGUCGGGCUGAUUGCGGGCUGGGGCGGCCUUUCGUUUCCGAUGAAGGACGUAGAGAGUCGAUGGGUUGGAAAUGUCUUACUUAUUGGGGAGGGUUUAGCUUAGGCUUGAGGGUGGGCUUUUUAAAGUAACGUAAUAUUUAAUCGGGAUAAUGUAAACGUAAUUACAACCCCUAGUUUUAGUUGCCUUGAUACCAACCUUAGCGGCUUUCGCAGAUUUUUAUUAACUUUGAGGAAAAACAAUGUUUAUGAUCUAAUGUUUCUACAGCCAUGUGCUGAAUUUUUUUUUUUAUUUAGAUACUUUGUGCAAACAUUAUCAUCCCUUUUAUUAGUAUCUGGGUGCCUAUUCCCAAAAAGCAGGUGGGAGAAAUAUGUCUAAUAAAUAUAUGUACAACAAUAAUUGUGGAAACUUCCAUAUGACUGCUGGAAAUGAUAUCUCUGUGCUGCUCUGAAUGAGUUUUUGAGCCCAUUUGUGCCCCGAUAAUACAGUUCUGGUCAGAAGUUUGCAUACACCAUUUUUUUUAGCAGGAUUGUCCCGUUAAUUUUCUCACCGUUCCGAAUUCAAGUCCGAUUUAUGAUAUAAUUUAGGAAUCCACUUCCAAGGGCAAGAUGCAGAGAAGCCAAGAGGUGUUUGAAGUYGUCAACGAGUUUCUGACAUAAUUCUGGAUAUUUGACCGGUAUUCUUAGCAGAAAUUGGUUAUCAAACUUGGCUCUAACCAUAAUAUUUUAAGUAGAGUUACGGUUGGGAGUCAUUCCAGAAGCUUAAUGUUGCUUUGUUUUAUUCUUUUCCAAUCAGUUUUGAGCUCCGCAUCCCCAGAACCAAACAUGGAGACGCGGCGUUCA